UUCCCAGGGAAACACGAUGGUGGAGGGAAGCUGCCCAUCCGCGCUCUCCGUGGUGCUGAAAACAGCCAGGCGCUCGCGGUGGGCGUGAGUUGCUGUCCACGGUGCUGAAAUUACCCGGGAAGGAAGGCGAAUUGGACAGGAGCGGGCAAUUCACAUUGGGGUGGCACUUUUUUCCCUACACACACUCCAAGCCUACUUUUCAAUUUUAUUUCCAACACUGGAGCACAUGCCUUCUGUUUUACUCCCAAACUAUGACAAACUGUGAAUGCUCCUUUCCGAUAAUUGAUCACAACAGUAUCAGAGAUUCACCAAAACUGGAAUGAGGUGGGCUCUGGGGAAAAGGUUUGUAUUUGUAUGUGUCCUUUUGGGGGGGAAAUUGUGCCUUUGACGGCUUUUCGUAGGAAUAGAAACAGCACCAAACCCGGAUCGCAUGCCUGCUCUGGAAGCUUCAUAAAGACACUUGUCUCAGUCAAGCUCCCCAUGGCUCCACCUGCACUUUGGGCUGGAAGCCCCUUCAAGGAGACCUUGGAAUUGAGCGCACGACUUCUGGUCCGUUAAGAAACCCGUGGGCUGAGGACAAGACACGCAUCCGCCUCCUCGUUCUGGUUCAGGCGCCUCUGCCUUGUGUACACGCGUACACACGUCCACCGAGCCGGCUCUCCUCCCCUCCACACCCGUUUGGUCUCCUCUCCGUUCCACUCACACAUACACACGCACGCACGCGCGGAAAGGGCUCACACGCAGGCACACACACGCACACACUCGGUCUCGAUGCACACCCAGAGCCAUUUUUUGGAGAAAAGUUGGACAUGAAGCCAAUAUGAGUCACCCUCGCUGCCUCUAACGGGAGCACCAGUCGACCGAGGGAGCGGCAGUGAAAAACCUUUCCCGGGAUGGAGUCGAUAAAGCAAAAAGUGCUGACCCCGGGCAAGGAGGGGCUGAAGAACUUCGCCGGGAAAUCGCUGGGUCAACUCUACAGAGUCCUCGAGAAGAAGCAGAAGCCCGGCGACACCAUUGAGCUGACGGAAGAUGGCAAGCCCCUGGAGGUGCCCGAGAAGAAGGCGCCCCUGUGCGACUGCACCUGCUUCGGGCUGCCCCGCAGGUACAUCAUCGCCAUCAUGAGCGGCCUGGGCUUCUGCAUCUCCUUCGGCAUCCGCUGCAACCUCGGCGUCGCCAUUGUGGACAUGGUCAACAACAGCACCAUCCACCGCGGAGGGAAGGUCAUCAAGGAGAAAGCGAAGUUCAAUUGGGACCCGGAGACGGUGGGCAUGAUCCAUGGCUCCUUCUUCUGGGGCUACAUCAUCACACAGAUCCCGGGGGGAUACAUUUCGUCCCGCUUGGCGGCCAACAGGGUGUUCGGCGCAGCUAUACUACUGACCUCUACACUCAAUAUGUUAAUCCCAUCUGCAGCUCGAGUGCAUUAUGGAUUUGUCAUCUUUGUUAGGAUCUUGCAAGGUCUUGUUGAGGGUGUAACGUAUCCAGCUUGCCAUGGCAUAUGGAGCAAAUGGGCACCUCCUUUGGAGAGAAGUAGACUGGCAACUACUUCUUUCUGUGGUUCCUAUGCUGGCGCUGUCAUUGCCAUGCCAUUGGCCGGGAUUUUAGUGCAAUAUACUGGAUGGUCUUCUGUCUUCUAUGUGUAUGGGAGCUUUGGCAUUUUCUGGUACAUGUUUUGGCUUUUGGUUUCAUAUGAGAGUCCUGCAAAACAUCCAACAAUUUCAGAUGAAGAGCGCAGAUAUAUAGAAGAGAGCAUUGGAGAGAGUGCCAAUCUUUUAGGAGCAAUGGAAAAAUACAAGACUCCAUGGAGAAAAUUUUUUACUUCUAUGCCUGUCUAUGCAAUAAUUGUGGCAAACUUCUGUCGAAGUUGGACUUUCUACCUGCUGCUCAUUAGUCAGCCAGCUUACUUUGAAGAAGUGUUUGGGUUUGAAAUAAGCAAGGUGGGAAUGUUAUCUGCUGUGCCACAUUUAGUGAUGACUAUUAUUGUGCCCAUUGGAGGACAAAUUGCAGACUAUUUAAGAAGCAAACAAAUUCUUUCAACGACUGCUGUCCGAAAAAUAAUGAACUGUGGAGGUUUUGGCAUGGAAGCAACUCUUCUCUUGGUGGUUGGAUAUUCUCAUACCAGAGGUGUGGCUAUUUCCUUCUUAGUGCUCGCUGUGGGUUUCAGUGGAUUUGCUAUAUCUGGAUUCAACGUUAACCACUUAGAUAUUGCCCCAAGAUAUGCCAGCAUCUUAAUGGGGAUAUCAAAUGGAGUUGGUACAUUGUCUGGAAUGGUGUGUCCAAUCAUUGUUGGAGCAAUGACAAAGAACAAGACACGUGAAGAGUGGCAGUAUGUCUUUCUUAUAGCUGCUUUGGUCCAUUACGGGGGAGUCAUAUUCUAUGGCAUAUUUGCUUCUGGAGAGAAACAGCCAUGGGCAGACCCAGAACAAACAAGUGAUGAGAAAUGUGGCUUUAUUCAUGAAGAUGAACUUGAUGAAGAAACAGGGGACAUUACUCAGAAUUAUGUAAAUUAUGGUACCACUAAAUCUUAUGGUGCUAUGACCCAGGUCAAUGGUGGUUGGCCAAACGGUUGGGAGAAGAAAGAAGAAUUUGUACAAGAAGAAGCACAAGACUCAUAUAGCUAUAAGGAUGGAGAAGAUUAUUCAUAACAGCCUAUAUUGGAUAUAUUUUGUAGUGUUUGUGAUUUAUUCAUUGUGAUUGUUUGCACCCCUCACACACAAAUGUGGUAUAAACAUGUAAACACAUAUCAGUCAAAACAGUCUUACUGUAAAAACCUAAAAAAGCAUUCAAGUGCAAUCUGUAUGAGUUUGUGACAUCUCAUCACUUCCAUUUGAAUGUCUCCAUUCUAUAGAGUUUUAAGGAUUAAUCUGGUCAAAUUUACAAAGGAAACUAGAUACUUGCAGUAUAAAUGAGUUGAAGGCUCAUAACUAAGGAUCAAAGCACAACUACCAACAAAGUUGGGACAUCAACUAUUCCGUUUAAAAAGCCAAAUCUACUUGAUUGUUUAAAAUGCACUUACAUAUUUGUUACACCAUAUUGAAAGCGGUCAUAAAAUUGAUGGUGUGAAGUUAUCCAUGUUUACUUGGUACAAUGUAAGCCAAUGUACGGUUGGUCAACGACCAGGAUUUCUUAGAGAAUAAGCUUCUGUUUUACACUCUCAAUUCAGUUUCCUUUUAAGGGAGUUGAAUUGGGACUUCACAGAAAAAUUUAAGAUAUAAUGUAUAGUUAUUGUGAUUAUAUGCUGCAGGCUACUCUGUGAUAGAUGACUUAACUGGUUGUUUUUCCUGAAUGUUUUAAGGCACAAAUACUUUAUUUCUAUUAUGUGCAACUCGUACAAUUAUUGUACGUGUCAUGUUCUUCCCUACAUAUGCCAACCAGUAUAACCUUGCAUUUAGUCUGACCUACCGCACAAAAUGUUAAAUAACUUAUUCAGAAUUAAGGAAUAUUGAUAUACUACUGGCCAUUAGAAUUGAAUUAUCACUCAAACAGAUCCAAAGAAAAAUAUCCCGCAGAAAACUAGUAGCCCUUGAACAAACCGGAUGUAUUUCUUUUGAAGCCAGUUUUGAAAUAAAUGCAAGAAAGGGACAAUAAAUUUGUUUAAUUUUGGAUAGUUUUUUGUUAAAUAUUUUCAGAUAUUGUGCCACAAUUAUAUAAAUAAAGUCAUAGUUUAUUGAAGAUACUGUAUAAUUAUAGAAAAUAGUACUAUUUUAAAGAUUUCUGAAUUUUAAAAAGUGUAUUUGUCUUUCAAAUAAAUAGAAUUAUUAUGGGCACUGAAUAUGAGCAACAAUCUUCAUGGUGAGCCAAAAGUAGCAUAUAACCAGGUCUGGGUGUAGGAAAUAUAUAAUUCUACAAUGCUCAACUACAAUUUGGAUUCAUUGAGAUCAAUGGAAGCUAUUGGUUUUAUGGUCAGUGGACUGCAGUUUUUGCCUUGAUCAAGAAUUCCAUUUGUUACAAUGAAAGGGCCUCCUGGAGCAUGUUCAUCCUUCUGUGUGAAUGGACUUCCUAUCUUCACAGAAGUGCUCAAGAAGCCUGAGAAAAUAGUUCUUUAUCGAAGCCUUGUGUUUUUGAAGUAAAUUUUGGAAAGAGUUGCAAUGUUAGUGUACCAAGCAAUAAGUGCCAUGCACUCCUGAGUGCAUGCUCUUUUAAUCUCUUUGUUACUGUCACUACUGAGCUUGUUAUAGAUCCAUGGAAGAGUUGGGAUAAUAAAUAUUAAAUAAUGCAAAACAGACCAGACCAGUCAUCAAUGAACUUCUUUAUAAGAUCAGACCACUUAAUGCUCUAACAAGUAUCCAUUUCCCAACUCCAAUGAAACAACCAUCAUUAUAUGUUAGAGAGCCAUUUUGGGUUUUUUUGAUCUGCUCCUUGUAUUCUGCUAGUAUUUGAAGGCCCUGCUACUGCAAUAAACAACUCAUCGUGGGUUGUUGUUUUUUUCUUCUUCUUCUUUUAUUAAAUUAUUAUUAAAUGAAAUUAAUAAAGUGAACCAUACUUUGACCUGGAGAAACAAAUCAAUUAUAUAUUUUGCUUUGUGCCUCAAAGUGAUGUAAAAUGUGGCCAUAGCUUUUGCUGUGAGAAGACGUGGACUGUGUCACUUUCGUUGCUGCAAAAAAGUGUUAAUAAAUGCUCUAUUUAUCCUUUUAUAUUAAAAAA